UGUCGCUCCCUCAAUGAUGCCUCUCUCAGCGACAACACCCCUUCCACCACUUACAUUAUCCCCUCUACACUCCGCCAUAUCACUUGAAACACACCGUCAGAGACCUCUUCUGUGAUCUUACUUUCCAUGUUUCUACCCGCCUCUACGCAACUGUUAUUAAUGCGAUGAGUAUUAGCUCACCCAAUGGGUAUAUUGCCGGGACCUAUGGCCAUGGAGCAAAGCGAGGAACGCAACAUCCACCCGUUCUUUCGGAAAGAUGCUCCCGCGAAUAUUCCUAACGGCACCGCCAUACACGAACCUCAACCCUCUGUAAAAACCGAAUCGUACGCGGGCAACAAUCUCUCUCACUCGACCAAUUCCCUACAAUACGGCUCUCACCAGAAUCCCCCCGCUACACUUGAACAAGAUCCUAACUCGGAGCGAAGGAAACGGCGCAAGACAGACAAGUCGAACAAUAAGGGCCAGGCUGGGUCGAUUGCGAACUUCAUAGUUGGCAAGCAAAUCAAUGGAACUUCGGAAAGUGAAAAUACCCUGAUGAAGGGGACUCCCUCAUCAGAUCACGGCCAACCAGCUUCGGUGUCUGAGCCUCCAGUCGAUCCCGCCCUAGAGGGGCUUACUUUUAUCGUCCAAGACAACCCCGACUCCCAAGAGCAAUCAGAACAACAGUCAAGCACUUGCAUCGCACAUACGUCAGUUGACUCUGGUACCGCGAAUGAAUUGACGCAAAGAAGAUCUUCAAGACAAAAAACGGUCAAAUUAUUCCCGAACGGAAAGCUGUUGAGCUCACCGGGGCCCGAACAAAUCGACGAGACGCCAAAGAGAAGAGUCAGCAAGCGUGGGAAAACGAAUGGUCAGAAAGACGGCGGUAAAAGGAGACUGCUUGUUGUCAAGUAUGGUACCGAUGGUGAAGCUAGACAACGCCUUGGGGCAUUGAUCGAUGAGAUCAUCGGUGGACGAAGAAAGCACGGCGCUCCUAGCGUGGUUCCUGCUCCGACAUCUGCCCCCAAGAAACAAUUACCUCCUAAACCUACGCACCCAUUCUUCAUGAAAAAGGCCACCAAACCAGAUACACCGCCGAUCCCCUUGUCUGACCAUAGCUCUGGACAGGGUGCCACAGCAGCUACUGAAUCUCCGGCAUCGACCCCAGCUAGCAAUGGCUCGAAUCCGGGUAGAAAACCGGCAAACGCUUACCCGACACCAUUCACCAGUUUCCGACCCAAGCCUAAAUCUCCGGAACCUGUUCAGCCAAUAUGGCCUCCACAGGAUUUGACGCAUAUUCGCGGAAUCGAUGCGGAGCCUUUACGGACCCAGUUUUCCUUGGACCUGCACCUAAAGAAAGCCAAAAUGGCAGCCGUUUGUAUCCAUAACAAGGAGAAUGUUCUUUCGCCUGAAGUGCAGGGCUACGAUCAUGAUACAGAACCAAUUCUGCGAAUCCCAGGAAGAGCCAUUGCCAGUGGGGCCAUUCUGCAAAAGGCAGUCACCAAAGAACUCUCUCCGCCAUCUUUGUCCAAGCCAAACGAAAACUCCCUGAGCAGUACCUGCCAUCCUGCCAUUCGAAAGCUGCAUUCAUCCCUUAAGAUCUCGAUGACGGCUUUUGAUCGCGGACAGUACGAUAGCCUUCUUUGGGCUCACAAAUACGCCCCCAAUACAUCGGACGACGUUCUUCAACCUACCCGAGAAGCAUCCAUGCUACGUGACUGGUUGAAAUAUCUCAUGGUAUCUGCCGUCGACACUGGUAAAAUCUCAAAGGAUGCCGAGAAAGCGAAACGAAAGUCAGACGAAAAGAAACGGAAAAAACGCAAGAAGUCAGAUAAACUCGACGGGUUUAUUAUUUCGAGUGAAGAUGAAGCGUUUGAACUUGGUGAGAUUAGUGGCUCCGACGAUGAACUGGCUGGCGAUGUAACAAUUCCGACCAAAAAGUCCGUCAUUAGGCCUGCAGACUUGGCCAGUGGCCCUUCCAAAUCCGGGACCGACAAAAGCCGUGUUUCGAAUGCAAUUUUACUCAGUGGUCCCUCUGGAUGUGGAAAGACUGCAUCCGUCUAUGCGGUGGCGAAGGAGCUUGACUUCGAGGUCUUCGAGAUAACCCCGGGAAACAGGCGCAGCGCUAAGGAUAUCCUAGACCGGGUUGGUGACAUGACACGGAACCACCUCGUACAGCAUGUCGGCUCUGGCGAACAGCGCUCUAAUAGCCAAACUCCUGACACUGAGCCUCAAAGUCUGGCGUCCGAAGAUACUAAGCAGAACAAGCUGGCGGGUUUCUUCAAGUCGGUCCCAGCGAAAGCGCCGAAGAAAAAAGCCAAGUCUCCGGAAAAGGAGCCUGAAAAAGAAUCAGACCAGAAGCGUUCUCGUCAUCAGAAGCAGUCUUUGAUCCUUUUGGAGGAAGCGGAUGUUCUGUUCGACGAGGAUAGACAAUUCUGGUCAGGCGUUCUCUCCCUCAUCCAGCAAUCAAAACGGCCGAUCGUUAUAACCUGCAACGACGAAAGCCUCAUUCCUCUUGGCGAUGUUUCUUUUCAUGCCAUUCUCCGAUACCGAGCUCCUCCACAGCACCUCGUUGUGGACUACCUGCUUCUUUUGACCGCUAAUGAGGGCCACAUGGUCAAACGAGAAGCCAUCGAUGAUCUCUACACUGCGACGGGCAAAGACCUCCGUCGAUCGAUCAUGGAGCUAGAUUUUUGGUGUCAAAUGGCCGUUGGCAGCGAGAAAUCUGGCCUUGACUGGUUGGUUGACAGAUGGCCACCAGGGGUGGAUCUGGACCACGAUGGUCAUCCAGUGAGAGUGCUCAGUUUGAACACCUAUGAACGAUUCAUGGGCUGGUUCAGUCGCGAUAUGAUGAUGAGCAACAGCUUAGACCGGUUGGUCGAGCCUCAACAGGAGUCCCUGGAUUGGUGGCAACUGAGUCUUCAAGAUAGCGAAUGGCUAGCGGGCCUGGGCAAACACUCAUCUUAUACCCCCUCCCCUCAGUCUAACCAGGAACGACUUGAACAACUACGACAUCAAGACGACCUGUUCGAGAUGAGGAGUGUUCUGGACAUCCUGGGCUCGGAUUGCUCUCUUGAUCACCGCAUGGAUCCUGUUGAUACCUUCAUGCCUCAACUUUCCGAGAAACAGAGGACAAACUACAUAGAAGGUCACCAACUACUGAGCGCCGACCUCACCCCCGAUUACUCCCUACUCUCAAAAGCCAUUGGGGGCACUUUUGGAGUUCUUCUGGAGAAAAUCUCCCGACCACAACAUGAAAUGGACGUCGAGACCUCCCAAUCGACUAAAGUUUUAGCAAAUAUCACCAGAGCAAAGGCAACAGGCCCUACCUCCGCCGACUUUUUAAGGGCCUUCGAGCCCGUCAUGCGAGCCGACUACGCUUUUCCCAUCCCCACAGGGCGUUUGGCUCCAUCCUUCGAGAACGGAAUUGGUCCUAUUGUAGAGGACCUAGCACCCUAUAUCCGAGCCAUCAUGGCGUUUGACCUGCGACUCGAACAUCAUCGAUUACAACUUAGCGGACUCCUCUCGCAGCAAGGACAAGGAACAAAGCGGGUUCGCAAGACAAGAGCGAGUCGAGCGGCCCUCGAAGGGGGGAGCAAGUCCGAAACCCGAAAAGAGCGGUGGUUUCCUCCAGACACUAACCCGGGGCCUCUCCUCGCAACCGGUAAAAAGGAGUGGCAGGAUCUCCUUGUGCAGAAAGGAUACUUGACCGUGAGCUCCGUCGAGGAAGCCGGGCGAGAGACGAGUGAGCCGGUCGUCGAGAGCUCCAGCGAGGGAGGCAUAUAAUGAAUGAACACUACAUGUAUAGAUACCCCGUUAUGGGAUGGGCUCGGAGUUUUAUUUUUCGUGAUAUGCGGGCAAUGUAUACCAAUGCGAUGUUGACAUAUAUAAAAUAUAUAACAU